GUGUUUUCAGUUCCAUCUUAGACAUUUAUUUUGUUCCUUUUUUUAUAAAAAUAACUCGAAUAUUGACUUAUUACUUCAGGAUUUUUUCGUACGUAUAUUGGUAUAACUGACACAACUAGGUCAAUUGUCAUGACUGUCGGUUGUCACCUGUCACUGUGGUUGUCACUAAGUGCACGUGUUGUCAACAAAUUUUGGAAACAUGGGGGUUGACGACAAAAAAGUCGAGUAUUUAGUCGUCGACACGACAGCUUUCAUCCAAAAUGCGCCGCUUCAGGAAGUGGCCGAAAAAAUGGUCACUUGUCAGGAAGUCGUGGACGAAAUUCUCAACAAACGCCAACUUAGACGUCUCAUAGUUCUACCCUACGAUUUACAAGUCAAAGAAGUUUUCCCUGAAAAUAUAAAAACAGUCACUGACUUUGCCAUAAAGACUGGAGAUUAUCCAAGCCUCUCAGCUACAGAUCUCAAAGUUAUGGCACUAACUUAUCAACUGGAAAAAGAACAUGUAGGGACUCAGCACCUCCGCGUUGAACCCAUCAUGCAGAAAACCGUGAAAGUAGUUACAAAACAAGCAGUUCCUGAUAUGCAACCAGACGUCACUGGUUUCUUCAUGCCAGGGCAAAAAUCCCAAAAAAUUGAAGAAACCGAUGAAGCUGGCGACGAAGACGACGUAACCCAUCAUGACAGUGAUUCAAUUGAUAAGUUAAAGGAAAAGUUUGAGACUCUUGAAUGUACUGAAGCAAAUGAAAAAAUUAACGAAGAUGAGCUUCUAGCUCCUAUAGAAGAUAACAGUGAUGCUACAGAAUCGAGCGAAGACGAUGACGACGACGACGACGAUAGCGGUUGGAUUACCCCCUCAAACGUCAACCGCGCCAAGAAACAAGUCAACUCUGAACUUAUUGAAGAAAAACACGUCAAAGUCGCCUGCAUGACCACAGAUUUCGCAAUGCAGAACGUUCUCAAACAAAUGAAUUUGAAUGUGGCGGCACUCGACGGUCGCAUGAUCAAACAACUGAGGACCUUCAUCCUUCGUUGCUACGCCUGCUUUAAGACCACCAGCGUCAUGACGAAGAAGUUUUGCCCGAAGUGUGGUCACAACACUUUGAAAAAAGUCGCCGUCAGCUUAGACGAAGAAGGGAAGUUGCAGAUACACAUAAAUGGAAAGCGCCCUCUGACGGGGCGCGGCAAAAAAUUUAGUUUACCGAAGAUGAAAGGAGGGAAGCACCCGAAUAACCCGAUUUUGGCGCCGGAUCACCCCAUGCCACAAAAUCGGGCCAGUAAAUUAGCGAAAACCAAAGUUAACCCUUUGGAUGACGACUACAUCGCCGGGUUUUCACCUUUUGCUGUGAGGGACGUUACGUCGAGGUCGGCGCAGUUGUGUAUACGGCCGGAAGACGAGACGAAAUACUGGAUGAGGAAAAAUCCGAAUGAAGCCAGAAGGCGAAGGAAAUGAGAUUUGUAUUUAAUUUAAAUUAUGUUGUUUAUAAAGGUUUGCCUUUUCUUU